CGCUGUCUUCCGCGUGUUGUAGUACUUUGGCUGUCGGAUACCUAAAUACAGCAGCACUGUCCCUGCUGCUUGCAGCUUCUGUAAAUCUGCCCUCGCGGUUUUCAAGCCACCUGUGCGACUUAUUACUGGAUUUGGCGCACGCAGCCCCAUAGAAAAAGAGAGAUUUGUCGCCGAAAAAUGAAAGCAAAUGUCGCACGCAUAAGUCAAUCAAACAGCAAGGAAAUAGUCAGCCAAUGAGAAGCGAGAACAAUGAAAGGUUGCUAAGGAAGUAUUUGGGAAGGCGCAGAUUGGCGGAGCAGGAGGCCCACAACUACACACAGGCAUAUAAUAAGCUGAAAUUUGGAAGAACACAAACAUUAAAAAAAAAAAUUGCAAAGAAGCAACAAUGGAAGAACAAGAUUGUGGCUGAACAACUCAAAAUUGGAUUAUAAUUGGAUGAAAGCAUAGCCUAACUUAAAAAAAAAACAAGAUAAUAAUUUACAAAUUUUAAAAAGGAGGACACCAGCAAGGGUAAAAGGGCUACACCCUUCGCCAAUGACGAACUUAUAGAAAUGGUCCGGUUUUUAGAUGCUAAAAACUAUGAAGUAGCCCCUCCAGGUGAAAUCAAAGCACACAAGACAAGGAUAAUGCAGGAGCUUACCCAACACCUCAAGACAACCUUUGGAACGCAACACUCCCCACGACAAUUACAGAAAAGAUUUUCCGAUUUAAAAGUAAGAGAAAAGGGAAGACUUGGAGCGUUUCGUAGGAAAAUUGCCAAAGAUGCUGGUAUUCUAAAUGAAAGAGAGCUUGCCCAGCUUCCACGAGAAAAUGAGGACAGUAUGCCUUUGGAGGGGGCUUCAUGUCUGGAAACAACUCCAAGAGAGAUGAGUAUCCCAGACGAGGAGACCAUUAUUCUGGAUUUGGAAAAUGUGCAAUCAUUGGAGAACCCCCAACUACCUACCUGCUGUCAUGAUCACAAUUUCUGGGCACAAAUGGAGCAAACUAUUAAUAGAUGCAUGGAAAAACACAUUACUAACCUGAGAGCACAAAUAAUUGAUGAUCUCAAGCACAUUAGCAACCAUGGAAAUAAGGAUGGAAAAAAAAGAAUAAUAGCUGUUAAAAAUGAUGGAAGUAAUGGAAUUGUGUGCUAUUGGUAACUGUGAAACAUUUCCUGUGCACAGGUUUGGAUAAAUCUCACCAAUUGAAG